AUGUUCAGCCUCCUGUCGGGCUGUUUCGAGUUUAUGCUGCGCAAGGAGGAGCUGCACAUCCUGAUUGUGGGUCUGGACAAGGCGGGGAAGACCACGCUGCUGGAGCGGCUCAAAACGCUGUACACAGACGUGCCCGGGCUGGAGGCGGACAAGGUGCUGCCUACCGUGGGCCUCAACCUGGCCCACUUCGAGGCCCUGGGCACGCCGCUGCUGUGCUGGGACGUGGGGGGCGCGUCGGGGCUGCGCGGCAUCUGGUCCAAGUACUAUGGCGAGUGCCACGCCCUAGUGUUUGUGGUGGACGCAGCCGACCGGCAGCGGCUGGAGGAGGCCAAGCUGGCGUUGGACCGUGCGCUAGGCGACCGCGACCUGUAUGGCGCCCCCUUGCUCGUGCUGGCCAACAAGCACGACUGCGAGGGGGCGGCCUCGCCCGCCGAGGUGGCAGAGGUGUUUGGGGUGGGCAAGCUGCCCGAUGCGCGGGCCUGCAGCGUGCAAGCGGUGACGGCGCGGACGGGGGAGGGGGUGAAGCCGGCAGUGCAGUGGCUGGUGGAGCACAUCAAGAAGAGCCAGCGCCCAGAGCUCAUACGGCGGCGCAUGCUGGCGCAGUGA